AUGGCUAUGAAAUUAGGGCCUAAGUUGAAAUUUGUGAUGCCUCUUUAAAAGAUUAUUUCAUUUGAUGAAAAUAUUGAGGGGAUUUUUGAUUUUGAAUAGAGAUAAUAGAGUAUUUCUAAAAUGGAACGUAAAGUAAGUUUUGUAGGAUCAACUAUUGUGUUUAUCAGAUACUCAGAAGAAGAAAUAGUACAUUUUAGAUAAAGAUUGAGAUCAUAAAUACAAUGUAGUAUAGAGUUGAUUGAUUCUUCAUAUUUAAAUCCUUAAUUGUGUAGUCCUGAUAAAUAAAGUAGAAAGAAGUCAUGCUUUAAGGAAUAGGAGGAACAAUUAAAUUGA